AUGACUACGUUGAUUUUACUUCCCUGUCAUUCCGUGUUUGUUGCCGCAGCAACUAGUGACCCUUGCCAAAUUCAAUUGGAACCCCAGAGUGACGGACCUGGAUGUAACCAGUGCGACUGGAUCCUAGCUCCAUUUCAGUACGAAGCCAAUGACCACCUCUCUUUCGUGGAACAUAUCCAUAAAGCAUUUGAGCUCUUGAAUGCAGAUUCGGACGCACGGCUGGUUAUAUCUGGAGGAUUCACCAAAGAUGGAGUGAGCAUAUCCGAAAGUGAUAGUUAUUUACAAGUUGGGCGACUGAGAGGCCUAAUUACCGAACAAAACAAAGACAGAAUAUAUCUAGAUGAGUAUGCCCGUGACUCCUAUGAAAAUUUACUUCUCUCUAUUGCUCUUUUCCGUAAACACACCGGAAAAUUUCCACAAAGAACCCAAAUCGUUGGUUUUGAAUUUAAAAGAUACAGAUUUUUGGAGUUGCAUGCUAAAGUUCUGAAACUAGAACAUGUCGAAUACUUUGGAAUAGGACCCAAUUAUCCCGAUGCUGCAACUCUUCAAAUUCCGGAGCAUGAAUGGCAAACCAGACGUAAGUGCUACUUUGAUGAUCUUCAUUUUAGCGAAAAGAAAUUUGCAACCGAUUUGUUCGAACAAGACUGGUUUGGCUGCAUUGGAUCUAAACUAUACCAAAAAAAAGUUUCUAGGGAUCCAUUGAAACGCGGCAACGGUAAAAAGUUUUAUUCACAAGAUACAGAGCCUAUCCUUAAUGCAUUUCUAAGUUUUGAGCAACUUACUUUCCCUGAAGCAAAAGCCUUAUACGAUAGUUUAGGGCCUUUUCCGUGGUAG